CGUCAUGCGUCAUUUUCCGUUUUUCUCUUGUAAACACGUGCAAGUAGCUGCCUGUGUACCUUUUAAUCGCAACGCAGAAAAUUUAACCAGAGCAUCCUCACAAUGGCUAAAAGCCUCCGGAGCAAAUGGAAGCGAAAGAUGCGGGCGGAAAAGAGGAAGAAAAAUGCUCCCAAGGAGCUGGCUCGUCUCAAGCAAGCUCUGAGUCUGGACAAGAAAGGAGAAGCUGACAUGACCGACUUGCAGGAGAUCGCCACAGUGGUGCAAGCUGACAAGAUAAAGAAGAAGACAGAUGUUGACAUGGAGGAAGAGGAUGUUGAUGAUGGGAAGAUGGACCUAGAUAAGAAGCGCAACAAGAAAACUCUUUUGGAUGAACAUGGACAGUAUCCUGCAUGGAUGAGCCAACGGCAGGCUAAAAAGUUAAAAGGCAAACGGAUGGCACAGAAAAGUGGCAAGGGCAAAAAGAAGAAGGGCAUUGCCUGGUAAAACAGAGUAAACCAAAACGGUGGCGGAAGCUUUGUUUCAAAGACUUUGGAUACAGAAAAGAUGCAUCAAGUUUCUACUGUUGAACCGUUUUCAGUGUUGCUCCACAAAACCUGAAAUUGUCUAAAGAUUCACAGCAGAAAACAUUUUGUUCAACUGGAACAGCAGCUACAUUUUGAUUUGACCAAGUCUUAUGAACACAAGACUUGUGUAAGAUGUGCCUAGAGUGGUUUAGAGAGAAAUAGAAAUCUUCAUUCCCUGAUUAACAGUUAUUUCCACUUUUGUUCUGUUCACCUUUCAGAGCUGUCAUAGCAGAUGUCUGCACACCUGUUUAAGCUAAAUCUGUCACAUCAUGUUAAUAGUUUGCUUGAAAUCAGUCAAAUAGAAAUAAAAACAGCUGUCAUACAAA